AUGAAGGCUACUGGAAUAUUGGCCCUGAUGGGCUGCCUGAUCACAGUCAUUGAGCCUAAAAUCUACACUCGCUGUAAACUGGCAAAAAUAUUUUCGAGGGCUGGCCUGGAUAAUUACCGGGGCUUUAGUCUUGGAAACUGGAUCUGCAUGGCCUACUAUGAGAGCCACUACAACACCACAGCUCAGACCAACCUGGAGGAUGGCAGCACAGACUAUGGCAUUUUUCAGAUCAACAGUUACACAUGGUGCAGACGUGAGAAGCUGCAAGAGAAAAACCACUGCCACGUAGCCUGCUCAGCUUUGAUCACCGACGACCUCACGGAUGCAAUUAUCUGUGCCAAGAAAAUUGUGAAAGAGACAGAGGGAAUGAACUAUUGGCAAGGCUGGAAGAACCAUUGUGAGGGCAAAGACCUGUCUGAGUGGAAAAAGGGAUGCGAGGUUUCCUGA